CCAAUCGAAGGCAAGUCCCCUCGUAAUUUUCGUAAGUUUUAAGUAACUUCGUACCCGGCGAUCCGGGCGGAUCCCGAGUUUAGGAUCGGCCUAGGGUUGUAUUUAUUCUCCUAUUUUCCUCUUUUUCUUGGAUGAUUAUGAAAUGAAGUUGAUUCUCUAAAUAUUUGGUAUUUUUGGCGGUACUUCUAUUGAAACUAUCCCAGUUACACAACUACUGGUAUUAUAUUGACAGCCCUGCUGUGUACCCACACUAUUAAUUCCAGGGUUCUUUGGCUGGGUGAGCAUGGCGUCAAAGACAGCGUCUCGCCCUGAAGCUAGCAGGGGAAAGCAAUCCAGUAUUUUACAGGCAGUCCUAACCCCGAUACAUUUCCUCUCAUUCCUCUUAUCCCUGUACCUCAUCGACUGCCAUUACCAUGAUAAACGCAUGCAAGAAAACUCCGAGCGAUAUAGCCGUCUGCCAUCGUGGUUAUUACCAGCGUGGCUAGACCGCAUACUAUUUCGACAGCAUCCACAGCCGUAUGGAUGGGUUGAUAAAACCAAACCGGGAACGUCGGCACCGACACGGGUACCGACUAAUGGAGAGCGAAAGGAAAGAUGGUACUUCCACACGAAGCAGAAGAAACUUAUGAAGAUGGAAGCCGCAGACGCCUUUGAACUGCAACGUGCUAUUUUACUUGGGCUGCUCGUGGUGGUAGUCUGCGCAACGUGGAUGCUUUGGCGUCUGAGUCGUGGUUUCUGGGCUUGGUACGUGGGUUGAUGCUUUACUGUCACUACGUGUGGGCUAUGGGAGGCGUUUACGGAUUUAGGAGGGGAUUUCCUGUUUGGAUUUUGUAGCAUAGCGAAGGCAUCAUCAGAAUGAUUUGCGUGCAUCGAAAGCGAUGAAUCACGAUAUUGUACUUAUGUGUGUAUUCAUUUACGGGUUGUAGGUACCUAGGUCGUUAUAUCUGUCUAAUUCAGAUCCUUACGAUAGUUUCGCUUGAUUCUAGAACCCCCACGCUAGAUCUACCAAA